GAAAAAGCCCAUAAGCCCAAGAAAGCUAGAGCUUAGCUGAAGGAAGGCUGAAGAUGGCGCAAAAGGCAUAUCAAUCAGAGAAGAGGUUUGCCAAAAAAGGAAAAACCUUAUGAAUGCGAGCGGAGCCACGACCUGAAUCUCCGCGGCUUCCAUUUUCCCAUAGUUUCUCAGCCACCGCUGCCGUUUUUCUUCUUCAAUAUUCAUGUGGAACGACGAUAUCUCUCAAUAACAUUUUUAUUUUUCUUUCCACGUGGCUGAGUCUGAACAAGCAAACAAAUCUCUAAACCUCUAAAACCCCUAUAAAAAACAACAAAUUGUUGAAUGCUAUUGACUUGAUCAAUUCCCCGUAGAGGCCUCGCUGUCUUUGCCGUUUUUGUUCUUCUUCAUCAUACCAUCUGUUUCUAUAUAUAGACACCAUACGCCAUUCUUCUCUUUCCCGUGAAUGUCUGCUUCGCACAGAUUUUUUGGCGGUUUAUCCAAUUCCUUUUAUUCUCGCUCGCCCUUCUCAUCUACAACCUUAUUCCCCUUUCGCCCUUUCUCCCCCACUCUCUCACGCUCAUCCUUCUCCCCGCUCACCAUGCCUCGCAAGCAGCGGCAAGGAGUCAGUAAAGAUCACAGAUGGGUGGAGAAGUCAAAAGUCAAUGAGUUGUCUGCCUCAUUGGCAGCUUCAUCAUUGUCAGCUUCAGGGAGUUCCUCUAAUGCAGGCAAGGAAGCUGCAACGGAUAGGGUCACUUCACUGCCUGUUACAGAAGAGCCUGUUCUGUCAGUACCAUCGUUACAGUUUGAGAGCAUUGGGCUAACGAACCAUGUACCUGCUCGUGAUCAAAAAGCUGUAUGGAAGCCCAAGUCAUAUGGAACAGUAAGUGGCACCACAGCAGGAGGACUGAAUUCAGCUCCAGUCGAUCAAAUUACAGUACCCAACAAUGGAAACCAAACGGAAUCUGCUGGGACACCUGCUGCUGUUUCGAGUAAGCUGUUUAGUGGUAAAUUACUGGAAAGCUUCACCACUGACAGCUCGACAUACUCGCUCGCACAAGUUAGAGCAACUUUUUACCCUAAAUUUGAAAAUGAGAAGUCUGAUCAAGAGGUUAGGACAAGGAUGAUAGAGAUGGUUUCCAAAGGUUUAGCUACAAUGGAGGUUUCACUCAAGCACUCUGGUUCACUUUUCAUGUAUGCCGGACAUGAGGGAGGAGCAUAUGCCAAGAAUAGCUAUGGGAAUAUUUACACUGCAGUUGGUGUUUUUGUACUUGGGCGCAUGUUUCGCGAAGCUUGGGGUUCACAAGCCAGCAAAAAGCAAGCCGAGUUCAAUGAGUUUCUUGAGAGGAAUCGCAUGUGUGUGUCAAUGGAGCUGGUUACUGCUGUAUUAGGAGACCAUGGACAGCGUCCUCGCGAAGAUUAUGUUGUUGUGACUGCAGUGACGGAGUUGGGUAACGGAAAACCAAAAUUCUACUCAACCCCUAAUCUUAUCGCUUUUUGUAGGAACUGGCGGCUACCUACUAAUCAUGUGUGGUUAUUCUCAACAAGGAAAUCUGCAAUGUCAUUUUUUGCGGCUUAUGAUGCACUCAGUGAGGAAGGAACAGCCACCACUGUAUGCAAAGCACUUGAUGAAGUUGCAGAUAUAUCAGUGCCUGGAUCAAAAGAUCAUAUAAUGGUGCAGGGUGAGAUCUUGGAAGGUCUAGUGGCUCGGAUAGUAAGCCAGAGGAGCUCAGAACAUAUGAAGCAGGUUUUGAGAGACUAUCCUCCACCACCAAUUGAAGGAGUUGACCUGGGAUCCAGUCUGCGUGAAAUAUGCGCUGCAAACAGAGCCAAAGAAAAGCAGCAAAUAAUGGCACUUCUUAAGAGUGCUGGUACAUCAUUCUGCCCAAACUAUAUGGACUGGUUUGGAACUGAAGGUUCUGAUAGUCAUUCAAGAAAUGCAGAUCGAUCUGUUCUGUCAAAGUUUCUGCAAACCCGCCCAGCAGAUUUUUCUACUACCAAAUUACAGGAAAUGGUUCGUCUGAUGAGAGAAAAGCGCUACCAUGCUGCUUUUAAGUUUUAUCACAACUUUCAUAAAGUUGAUUCUGCCACAAAUGACAGUCUUCAUUUUAAGAUGGUUAUCCAUGUCCAGAGCGACUCAGCUUUUAGAAAGUACCAGAAAGAGAUGAGGUUUAAUCCUGGUUUGUGGCCACUAUAUCGAGGUUUUUUUGUCGAUCUGAACUUAUUCAAGGUUAAUAAGGGAAGAGCUGUGGAGUUCCCCACAGAAGCUAGUACUGGGAGUGACUCAAAUGGUGAAUCAGCAAAAGAUGAUUUAGCAGAUGAAGAUGCAAACCUGAUGAUCAAGUUGAAGUUUCUUACAUAUAAGAUACGGACCUUUCUGAUUCGGAAUGGCUUGUCUAUUCUUUUUAAGCAAGGUGAAGCUGCAUACAGAACCUACUACACGAGGCAAAUGAAGAUAUGGAAUACUUCACCUGCAAAGCAAAGGCAGCUCAGCAAGAUGCUGGAUGAAUGGGCUGUAUAUAUUCGUAGAAAAUAUGGACACAAACAACUGUCAUCGUCCAUAUAUCUUAGUGAAGCAGAGCCAUUCCUUGAGCAAUAUGCAAAGCGCAGUUCCGAAAAUCAAGCUUUGAUUGGAUCUGCUGGUAGUUUUGUUAGAGUUGAAGAUUUCAUGGCCAUUAUUGAGGGAGGUCAAGAUGAGGAGGGUGACCUUGAACCGGAGAGAGAUAUAAUACCUUCAAGUACAACUCCCAUAGUCGAGGAAACCGUUGCUAAGGAUCGCGGACUUAUUGUUUUUUUUCCAGGAAUCCCUGGUUGUGCUAAGUCGGCACUCUGUAAAGAGAUAAUGAGUUCCCCUGAAAGGCUAGGUGAUGAUCGUCCAGUGCAUAGUUUGAUGGGUGAUCUUAUCAAAGCGAGGUAUUGGGCGAAGGUUGAUCAAGAGUAUCGCAAGAAACCGAACUCUAUUAUGCUUGCUGACAAAAAUGCUCCUAAUGAAGAAGUUUGGAAAAAGAUUGAGGGCAUGUGUCGCAGUACAAGGGCAUCUGGGAUUCCGGUCAUACCUGAUUCAGAAGGGACUGAAUCAAAUCCGUUCUCACUCGAUGCUCUUGCUGUUUUCAUAUUUCGAGUGCUUCACCGUGUCAAUCAUCCGGGAAAUCUUGACAAUUCAUCCACGAAUGUUGGUUAUGUGUUGUUGAUGUUCUACAAUCUUUAUGAGGGCAAGGACCGCAAGGAGUUUGAAACGGAGCUAAUAGAACGUUUUGGCUCAAUUGUGAAGUUACCUUUAUUGGAACCUGAGAGACCUCCUCUACCUGAAAGUGUGAGGUCUACCUUGGAGGAAGGAUUAAGUUUAUACAACCUUCAUAGCCGACAACAUGGAAAAUUGGAUUCCACAAAAGGUCAAUAUGCAAAGGAAUGGACUAAAUGGGAGAAGCAAUUACGUGAUACAUUGUCCGCAAAUGCUGAAUAUCUCAAUUCUAUUCAGGUCCCAUUUGGUGUUGCUGUUGAGAAAGUUAUCGGCCAGCUGAAAGCAAUUGCAAAUGGAGAUUACAGCCCACCUAGUACUGAAAAACGGAAUCUUGGAGCCAUUGUCUUUGCUGCUAUCACUCUGCCUGUUUCAGAAAUCACUGAUCUCCUUCAUAAUUUAGGUACGAAGGAUCCUAGAGUUGAAGGUUUCCUCAAGGACAAGGAUUUGAAGAGCAGCCUCACAAAAGCACACGUAACUCUGGCUCAUAAGAGAAGCCACGGUGUAACUGCUGUAGCCAGUUUUGCCCAGCAUCUCAACCAUAACGUUCCUGUUGCUGUCACUUCAUUACUAUUCUCCGACAAGUUGGCAGCGUUGGAAGCUGAGCCUGGAGUAGUCGAUGGGGAGAAAAUAGAUUCAAAAAACAAAUGGCCACAUGUGACAUUAUGGACUGCUCAAGGUGUUGCAGCGAAAGAAGCAAAUGAUCUGCCUCAGUUGCUCGCACAAGGAAAGGCAACUCGUGUCGAGAUCAAUCCACCCACCACGGUCACAGGAGUUCUUGAGUUCUUCUGAGUGUUUUUAUUUGUCUUCUUUCCCAAUUUUGUUCUCGAGAGCCAUCAUAUGUAUGACCUGCUGCAAGGUGAGAUUAUAUUUUUGCAGCAUGGGAUCUAUAGGAUACUGCUGAUGAAGGUAAAUAAAUUGAUAACCCUAGUUGGAUGUGUAAAUUUCUGAGCUAAAAAGCAGAAAUAAAAAUUUGAUGUUCUGCUGUC